AUGAGCAUGAGCCGUGCGCCUUUCACCCUACAACACCCCUUUCUCAUUGAAGAAGAAUUAAUUCCCACUUACAAUCCGACCAAGUUCUAUCUGGUCCACAUUGGUGAAGUAUUCAACAACCGAUACCAAGUAGUGGGCAAGUUAGGGUACGGGUCCAACGCGACUCAAUAUGUCGCGUUGAAAGUGUACACAGGUUCGGCAUCAAUAAACAAGGAGCUUGAGGUAUGCACUCAUUUCAGCACCGUACAGUCUGACCACGCAGUCCAGUCAUGCCUGCGGCCACUUGGAGAUCACUUUGAGAUCAAAGACCCAGGUGAACACAAUAUCUACACUUGCCUGGUGCAUCGACCUCUCGGAAUUAGCCUCGACGAGCUCAUCCCACUACUCCCUGAUAAAGUCAUGAAUAGCGAGAUAGUGAGAAUGACAAUCCGAAACAUACUUGCUGCCCUAGACUUUCUCCACACUGAGGCAGGACUUUUCGAGGAUGCCGAGUUCCAGGAGCCCAUUCCACGGAAGACACUCCCGGACCGCACUAUCUAUAAUCUAUAUCUCACGCCCAUUGCCUAUCUCGUACGGAACGCCCGUGCUGUGUGA